AGAAGACAGCAAUGGAUUAAACUGGUAAACAGAAAGGAUGAAAAGGGGCGAAAAUGGCAACCUACAAGUGAUUCAAGAAUAUGCAGUAUUCACUUCCCAGAGGGAAGACCCACAAUUCAAAAUCCUUACCCUACAAUAAAUUUAGGAUAUACAUCUGUUGCAAACAGUAAAAAAGGAAGAAAGAGGCCAUUAGUUAGGGAAACAACACCUUUAACUAAAAAGGCAUGUCAUUAAAAGAGUACUUCGGAGUCUCCUGCAUUGUCCUAUGAUGAGCCAUCAGCCCCUCCACAUCCUCAAAAUUCAGACAAGAUUGAUAUACCAGUACAUCACAAUAGUGGAACUGGCAACAACUCUAGUCAAACUGAUGUUAAUACACAGGCUAAUAAUAAUUGUAUUUGUAAUGAUAACACUAUGAAAUCUGAAAACAACUGCCACAGGAAUGACAAGAAUGUAAACAUAAUAUCUGCUAAAGAAAAUGAAAUACAUUUCUUAAAAAAGCUGGUGGAAAAAGAAAGGAGGGAAGUUGCAUUUUGGAGAAAGAAAUUUGUAAACAAGCAGCCACCAGCGUUUAGUGCCAAACUUUUAAAUACUGACAAAGAAAUUAAGACUUUCCUUGGAUUGCCAAAUAAGACAGCCUUUGAAGUCUUAUUCAAACUGCUUGAGAAAAAAGCUCCAAAAAUAAAAUACUGGCAAGGUCCAAAAAAGUAUUCUUCACAAAAUCGCAGGAAUUUUUCAAGCACACCAAAAAAGUCCGGACCUAGGAGGUUAUUGUCUGUCAAAGAUGAACUUAUAUUGACACUUAUGACACUUAGACUAGGGUCCUUGAAUGCAGACCUAGCUGUUCGCUUUCAAAUAUCUGAGACAACUGUAAGCAAGGUAAUAAACACGUGGGUUCGAUUCUUGGCAAAGGAGCUGAAGUGCCUAAUCUACAAUCCAUCGAAAGAUGUUUCUUUGCAGCACUUGCCUAAAAAGUUCAACAAUGCAAAGUACAGGAGUGUUAGGCACAUCAUAGAUUGUACAGAAAUGUUUAUUGAAACUCCAAAGGACCCCAAGGUGAAAGCUGCAACAUGGUCAGACUACAAACAUCAUCAUACACUGAAAUUGCUGGUCUCCAUAAUGCCAUGUGGCUCAUUUAAUUUAAUUUCAGAGGCUUGGGGUGGUAGAGCAUCAGAUGUUGCUAUUACUCGAAACUCGGGUUUCUAUGACAUUCUUGAAUAUGGGGAUGAAGUCAUGGCAGACAAAGGGUUCACCAUUGCAGAGGAUCUUUUAGUAAGGCAUUGCCAAUUACACAUCCCAACAGGAAAAAGGGGCAGUGAACAAAUGAGAAAGGAAGAUGUUACAAAAACAAAAGAGGUUGCGAAUUUAAGAAUUUUUGUUGAGCAGGCAAUUCGCCGACUUAAAACAUUCAAAAUAUUGAAGCAUGAAAUGCCCAUCUUACUCUUGGAUAAAUUUGAUGAUAUUGUCACUAUCUGUGCAGCAUUGUGCAACUUGUACCCAAAGCUUUGCACUUGA